AAAACACAGUUCCGUUUCCGACAUUAACCAUCUUUGGGGCACUUGUUUAGUGGUAAAAAAUUGUUUAGAUUCGACGGGCCGAUUCUUUCAUGCUUCACGGUAUGGACAGUCAAGUGUGCGGGGAUGGCAGAUUGUUAGAUUUAAUCGAUGAGAUUUGGCAUAAAGAACGUUUGCCUAUUGACGAUAUUGUAGUACCAGCAGCAGAAUUACCCGAUCCUGAAAGUGACAAUGGUGAUUCUCAUAUGACAUUGAAGGAGUUGGAACAAAAGUGGAGUAAUCUGGCUUUGGGAACUCUCAGUGAAAAUCAUUUGCAUUCGCCGACGCCGUCCCACAAUUAAGCAAGUAGAAUAUUAUUAGAUCUCAAUGUCGAUAUCCCAACGAUUUAUUUACGCGUAUAUAGUUCUCUCGUUACAGAUUAAUAAAAAAUGGAG